UCCGUUAAUGCGUUCGCCUCGUCGAGUUAGCUCCUUUGAAUUUUUUCCUGUGUCGCGCUGACGCGUAAUUACGAUUAAAAUAUGAGAUCCUAAACGAAGCGAAGGAAACAAUUAAGCUAAAAGCAGCGGAAAAGCGCCGGAAAAUAAGCAAACCAAAAAUUCAAACCGAAGGUUUUCUUCGUGUAUUGUGAUUUUGUUUUUUUUUUUUUUGGUUUUUUUUUGUGUUUGAGUGAGUGCUGCAAAAUGCCGCUGUAUUCGGAUUCAACCAACUACUACUAUAGUGGCGGCAGCAGUCAGCUGUACUCGCCCUACUAUAGUUCCGGCCUGGGUCUCAACUUGGGCAUGGGAUCCUCACCCGGAUCCUCCAGCUAUACGUCCAGCUACAAUCGCUCGUAUCCGGCCAGCUAUAUGGUACCAUUGAGUCCCUCCUCGCCAAGAUCGCCGAGCAGUUAUUCCAGCGGCAGUUCCGGCAGCAGUAGCUCCCUCCAUGGCCUGGGCUCCAGAUACCAACCCAAGCUGACCACGAUUACGGAGACGGGACGGCACAGUGGACACAGCAGCCUGAUGCCACUGACCAGGAUUAACUCGCCGAAAUACAGCAGUUCGGUGACCACAUCGAGUUAUGGCUCAUCGGGUGCCAGUAGUCGGUACAUACCAGCCAGGCCCAUUGCCAUCAAUACGGCUGAUAUCGAUGUGAGUUCGUCGCGAUAUCGCAGGGCAGUGCCUUCCAAGUCGCAGGAAAAGGAGCCGCCCAAGGAGGAGGAGCUCAAGCAGAAGGAGCCGAAGGAGCUGAAGGAGUCGAAGGAGUUGAAGGAGCAGGAGGUUAAGCCUUCUGCCAAGGAAACACCAUCCGAAAGUCCUGAUGCCGGAGUCGAAGGCAGACCCAAUCGUAGAUCAACCAUCAGGAGAAAUCGUCCUGUGGUAAGACUAUCCACCAUACGAAGACGCAGCAAGGAUCGCAGUGCCGAGAGUCCCAAGAAGGAGCAAGUGCAGGAGCAUCAGUUCCGGGAUCUGCCACCUGCCACCGAGCCCAGUUUAAGUUGGCGCCAAAAAUUGGCCGAAGAAUUGGCAGCCUUUCCAGUAGUCAGCAAUAAAAAGUCACCAGGCGAAUUGCUACGCGAGAGAUUCUACAUCAAAGAUGAGAGGGAUGAAACACCCAAUUUCAAUAGAUCCCAAAUCCAGGAGCUUAGCCAACCACAAAGUGCUCAUAAGACAUCGACGACUCCCGAAGUGGAGAUAAGCGUCAAAAAGGAUGAAAAAAUGGCUGACGAAAAGGAGGAGGACUCUGAUAAACAGGAACAUGAACUUGAGGAAAUGCAGGAGACCAUUCGUCGCUUGAGUUUGGUUCAAUGUCCCACGUUUCAUGACAUUUGCGAGGACAUUUCAUCCGAUAAGAUCGAUGAUGAUCUAAAUGCCGGCGAACUCAGACGCAGGGCCUCCAUUAUACAAGAGCAAGAACAGGAAAUACUGAACAAGUUGCAGAAGUCGAACUCGGGUAGCUUUCAGUUGAUCCACCUGGAACGUAGAUCCAGUCACGAUAGUACCACCACAAACGAUGAUGAUCUCAAGGAGAGAUCCAAAAGACGCUCCAAGAAGAGCAAGAAGAUGCGCCACAAGAUCACCGCCAUUGUUGAUGUGGAAAAUGCUCCCCAAGCGCAGCCAGUGGAGCAUAUGCCCAGUGUCUUGGAGUUGAACGAGGAAUCCCUACUAGUACAACCACUAGCUUCCGUUUCCGGUUCCGGUUCCGGUUCGAGUUCCACUCCAACUCCCAGUCCGAAGCCAAAGUUCACCGUUAAUGUGGAGACUGUGGAGGAGCACCAUCAGAUACACAAGAUCUUCAAGUUGCCCAAGAAAAAGACAGUGCCCAAGGAACAGGACGAUGCGUCAUUGCCCGAAGGCUUCAUGAAAGCUGCUCCCAAAACAACCAAGACGUCGCCUCUGAAGAAGGCAAGCAAACAGCAACAAGUGAGUGAGGCGCAGAUUUUCACCUUCGAUGAGGCAGCCAUACAACAGCAGCAACAAACGCAGCAGCAGCAGCAGCCACAACUGCCUAAAAGCGAGACCAAGGUCGAGGGCGUGGCCACGCCCAAGCCCAUUCGAAAGGCUAUACAGAAAUCGGAGAGCGGCGAGGACUUUUGGUCGCAAAUCGGUUCCAGGGAAACGCUAUACAUGACCAAUCGCAAAAAGGUCUCCAACAUGCGACAGGAGCAACAGGAGCAGCUCCUGGAGGAGGAAUCGCCCAAGUCACCGGCAACGCCCAAGGAAACAAAGACAGAUGUAAAGACACCAACAACACCCAAACUCAAAUCGGAAAUUCUCAUCGAGCUGAAGACAACACCUUCCACGGUGUCCACGACUGGCAAAUCGGCCAUUCAAAAGGUACCAACAACAUCACUUACACCAACGGUUGUGAAAACUAACCAAGUCGAAGUUAAGAAAGUAGAAACAAGCGAUACUUUAGUUAAAGCACCAACUAGUGAAAUACCAAAAACUAAAUCAACUGACGCUUCAACAACUGCUGAAUCACCGAAAUUAAAGUCUGCAACCGAUAAUAGUAAGGCCAAACUGAUAAUGGCCAAAAAAGACUUACCAAAACUAAAAACGGCAGACGACGCUAAGCCAACAAUAACCACCAAAGCGACAAUUGCAACACCGACAAUGGGUUCACCAAAAACACCACAAGCCAAGAUAGAAAUAUUACAAAAAACAGAAGAUGCAGUGCAACAGCCGAAAGUGGAAACACCAACAAGAAAAGCAGCUACACCACAAAUAAAACCUGACACACUAACGGCAAUAAAGCCGCAACAACCAACAAAAGAUUCGCCACCAACAACGAAAGCAGCAGCAUCAACAACACCACAAGCUAAAUUAGAAACACCAACAAAGGAUUCACCAACAAGAAAGAUUGUGACGCCCACAACAGCACAAGCCAAGGCAGCUGCCUCAACAACAACACCACCAACCAAAGUGGACACACCACAAAAAACACCACAAGCUAAAGCAGCAACAGAUGAGCUAAAGUCAACACCAAAGACAACAAUGGCCAAGAUCGGCGUGACAACAGCGGCAGGAACCACUGUUGCCGAGGCAGGAAAAACAAUAUCACCCAAGGGGCUCAAGCAAUCUGGCAACGCCGUAGCCAUGACAACAGCAACACCAACAAUCACACCAACAACCACACCAACAACAGCAACAGGCAAAUCAAAAUUGAACGAAACAGCAGGGCCAAAAAUAAAUAGCGGGCAGCCGGCCAAGUCACCUGAACAACAACAGGCAACGGCAGCCGCAGUCGCAACGAAAAUAAAUAAAACAACGGACAAGGAACAGCAGCAGCAGCAACAACUGCAACAACUGCAACAACAGCAACAGCAGCAGCAGCAACAACAACUGAUCGACACGGCAGCAACUUUGGUGCCACAAACGGAAACCAAAACGAAAUUGACGGAAGCCGCUGAGCCAACGGGCAAGUCAAAGGUGCAAUCACCGAAUACGACAAAGCCAAAAAGUGCCGGCAAAACAAAUGUUGGCAAAAAGAAAGCUGCAACGCCAGCAGCAGCAGCAGCAGCAGCAGCAGAAGUCGCAGCAGCAGAAGCAGAAGCUGUUACGGCUUUGUCUGAGAGCAAUGUGACCCCAAUCAAUGCCGAUCAAUUUAUAACGCUGGCCCCCACAAAGGCGGCCAAAACAUCACCGAACAAGCAGCAAUCAUUGCAAUUGCAACAGCAACAUGAGCAGCAGCAGCCGCCGCAGCAGCAGCAGCAACAGGCCACAAAUGCGUCAUCGCCGGCGGCAACUGGCGAUGCAACCACAACGCCGCCCACAACAAUAACAAUUGGUGUUGCUGCUGUUAAUGUUGCUGUUGCUCCUUCUGCUGCUGCUGCUGCUGCUGUUGAUGCUGCUGCUGUUGAUGCGACUACCUCGCUCAGCGGCAACAACAGCUGCGGCGAAGGCGUCGGCAAUAAUUUAUCAAAGUUUGCAACAGUAUCGAAUUUGGCACAGUGUCUGCGAGACGUUGAUGCCGAGCUAGACGACUACAUACCCUCGUCGGCGGAAAAUAGCCAAGAAGACGACGACGACGACGACGACGACUACGACUACAGCAGCGGCAGUUCCGACGAUUAUUCCAGUGUUGACGGUUGUGCGAACUUAAGCGCCAGCAUGAAAAAGAAACUGCGCAAGGAGAAAAAGAAGCAAAAGGCGAAAGCCGCCGCCGCCGCCGCCGAGGCGAAACGCUUCGAUCCGCACAAGAAGAUCAAAAUUGAUACGACAAACAAGUGUUAUGUGAAGGAGGAGGCGCCCAGGUAUCCACUGGUGGCCACACCGCGUCCACUGUGGAAACGCGAGAAGAUCGUCUAUUCGGAUGAGAAUACGGACGAUGAGAGCGGCAGCGAGGAGGGCAGCGGUGGCUCCUUGGACGAGGACAGCGACGAUGAGAGCGGCGGCGAGGAGUGCAGCUCCACCAGCAGCAGCGCCAGUUCCGAGGAUCUCGAUGCGGCGGUGGCCAUGGUCACCAAGGGUGGCAGCUCCAAUGCCACUACCGUCGUGGAUUCGCCCAGUUCCAGCGGCUCAAAUGCCGGAACACUGAGUGUGCCCAGUGGUGGUGGUGGUGGUGGUAGUGGUGGUGGUGGUGGUGGUGCCUCCACAUCCAGCUCGCCGUCCAUCAUCCGGAUGAGCACCUGCAGCAACGAUUCCGGAUUCGAAGGCGGCACCGCGCCCUCCAGUCCCAAGAAGAUGUUAGAAACAUCAUAUACAUAUUCACAAUUCCAAAAAUCCGGACGUUUCACUGCGCCAGCAACAGUAAUACCUAGAUUUAAGAAUUAUUCGGUAGAUGAUUUCCACUUUCUGGCCGUUCUCGGCAAGGGAAGUUUUGGCAAGGUUCUGCUGGCUGAGCUGCGUGACACCACAUACUACUAUGCCAUCAAGUGCCUGAAGAAGGAUGUCGUCCUGGAGGACGACGAUGUGGACUCCACGCUCAUCGAACGCAAGGUCCUGGCCCUGGGUACCAAACAUCCUUACCUGUGCCAUCUGUUUUGCACCUUCCAAACGGAGAGCCACUUGUUCUUUGUGAUGGAGUACCUGAAUGGCGGUGAUCUCAUGUUCCACAUCCAGGAGAGCGGUCGCUUUUCCGAGGAGCGAGCCAGAUUCUAUGGGGCCGAAAUCAUCUCGGGCCUCAAAUUCCUGCACAAAAAGGGCAUUAUCUAUAGGGAUCUCAAACUGGAUAAUGUACUGCUGGACUACGAGGGACAUGUGCGAAUUGCCGACUUUGGCAUGUGCAAAUUGCAAAUCUAUUUGGACAAGACGGCAGAUAGUUUUUGCGGCACACCCGAUUAUAUGGCGCCCGAAAUCAUUAAGGGCGAAAAGUACAAUCAGAAUGUGGAUUGGUGGUCGUUUGGUGUGCUGCUCUACGAAAUGCUGAUUGGACAGUCGCCAUUCAGUGGCUGCGAUGAGGACGAGCUCUUCUGGUCCAUUUGCAAUGAAAUUCCAUGGUUCCCUGUUUACAUAUCCGCCGAGGCCACCGGGAUUCUCAAGGGGUUGCUGGAGAAGGACUAUACAAAGCGUAUUGGCUCGCAGUACAGCCCAGCUGGUGAUAUAGCCGAUCACAUAUUCUUUCGCCCGAUCGACUGGGGUUUGCUGGAAAAGCGACAAAUCGAGCCGCCCUUCAAGCCCCAAGUGAAACACCCGCUGGAUACCCAGUACUUCGAUCGGGUCUUCACCAGGGAAAGGGUGCGUCUAACCCCCAUCGAUAAGGAGAUAUUGGCAUCCAUGGAUCAGAAGCAGUUCCACGGCUUCACCUACACAAAUCCCCACAUCACCCUGGACUAGAGCCUAAUUAAUAUCCUAAUUAAUUAUUAUUUAGAGCAACAGUAUUUGUAUAUGUAAAUAUUUAUUAUGGCCAAGGAAACAAGAGAUUAACACAACCAAAGAAUAUUGAAUUUGAAUUUAAAUACCUUGUAGUUAAGCUUCGCAGCACAUUGAAUUGAAAAUUUGGAUUGUAAUUCUAGUCAGUUAGCUAUACGUUUAUGUCUAAGUCUAAUUGUACAGAUAUCCCUCCUCACACUUACCUAUAUACAUAAAUAUAUAUAUAUAUAUAUCUUUUUUUUUGCAAAUUAUUUGUUCUAAAUUUUAGUGAUUAAGCAAAGGUCUACGUCUAUGAGAAAUAAAAAAUGUAAAAAAUAUAAACAUAAUGCGAACUUGAUGUGGAUAUUGAUGUUGAAUAAAAACAGUGUCAAUCAAA